AUGAAUAUCAUCUCCCCCUUUCUCUCUCUAUCACUUUCUCUCUCUUUACCUCUCUCUCUCUCUCUCUCUCCCCCUCUCUCUCUCUCUCCCUCUUCGUUUCAAAAAAUUAAUAAAUUACCUCAAUUUACGAACCAACGGACUAUACACUCUCUAUGCCUUUCUCUCUCUCUCUCUCCCUCCCUCUCUCUCUCUCUCUCUCUCUAUCCCUCUCUCUCUCUCUCUCUCUCUCUAUCCCUCCCACUCUCUCUCUCUCUCUAUCCCUCCCUCUCUCUCUCUCUCUCUCUAUCUCUCUCUCUCUAUCCCCCUCUCUCUCUCUCUCUAUCCCUCCUCUCUCUCUCUCCCCCUCUCUCUCUCUCCCCCUCUCUCUCUCUCCCUCUUCUAUACACUCUCUAUCUCUUUCUCUCUCUCUCUCUCUCUCUCUCUCCCUCCCUCUCUCUCUCUCUAUCCCUCCUCUCUCUCUCUAUCCUCCCUCUCUCUCUCUCUCUCUCUCUCUCUCUCCCUCCUCUCUCUCUCUCUAUCCCCUCCCUCUCUCUCUCUCUCUCUCUCUCCCCUCCUCUCUUUCUCUCUCUCUCUCUAUCCCUCCCUCUCUCUCUCUCUCCCCGUUCUUCUCUUUCUAUUUUCAUUUCGAAUAAUGAAUUGAUUACUUCAGUCAAUCUUCUUCUUCUUCUUCUUCUUCUUCUUCUUCUUCUUCUUCUUCUUCUUCUUCUUCUUCUCUAUGAGCUCUUCUUCUUCUUCUUCUUCUUCUUCUUCUUCUUCUUCUUCUUCUUCUUCUUUCAUGUGCCAUAUCUCUUCAGUUCGUUGUCGGUGACAUUAUUUCAUAAAGAAUUAGAGGUUAGUUCAAUCUGUUUGUUUUUUGUUUUUUGUUUUGUUUUUUUUUGGGGGGGGGGCUUUUUCUUUUUUUUUUUUAAUUCUUCCCUACUUUUUUCUCUUUCUUUUUCUUUCUCUUUUUUUUCCAUUUUAUUCUUCUUCCCGUUCUCUUUUCCUCUUUCUUUUUCCGCUUUAUUAUUAUUCUCUUUUUUUUUUCUUUUCCAUUUUAUUCUUCUUUCCGUUUUCUUUUCUUCUUUGUUUUUCUUCUCUAUUCUUCUCCUUUUUUUCUUUUCUUUUUCUUUUCUUCUUUGUUUUUCUUCUCUUUUCUUCUCCUUUUUUUCUUUUCUUUUUCUUUUCUUCUUUCUUUUUCUUUUUCUUUUCUUCUUUGUUUUUCUUCUCUUUUCUUCUCCUUUUUUCUUUUCUUUUUCUUUUCUUCUUUCUUUUUCUUUUUCUUUUCUUCUUUGUUUUUCUUCUCUAUUCUUCUCCUUUUUUUUCUUUUCUUUUUCUUUUCUUCUUUGUUUUUCUUCUCUAUUCUUCUCCUUUUUUUCUUUUCUUUUUCUUUUCUUCUUUGUUUUUCUUCUCUUUUCUUCUCCUUUUUUCCUUUUCUUUUUCUUUUCUUCUUUCUUUUUCUUUUUCUUUUCUUCUUUGUUUUUCUUCUCUUUUUCUUUCCAUUUUAUUAUUCUUUCUUUUUCUUUUUCUUCUUUUUUUUUUUCUCUUUUUUUUCCAUUUUAUUAUUCUUUCUUUUUCUUUCUUCUUUGUUUUUCUUCUCUUUUCUUUUCCAUUUUAUUAUUCUUUCUUUUUCUUUUCUUCUUUCUUUUUCUUCUCUUUUAUUCUCCUUUUUUCUUUUCUAUUUCUUUUCUUCUUUCUUUUUCUUCUUUUUGCUUCUCCUUUUUUCUUUUCUUUUUCUUUUCUUCUUUCUUUUUCUUUUUCUUUUCUUCUUUGUUUUUCUUCUCAUUUCUUUUCCAUUUUAAUAUUCUUUCUUUUUCUUUUAUUCUUUGUUUUUCUUCUCUAUUAUUCUCCUUUUUUCUUUUCUAUUUCUUUUCUUCUUUCUUUUUUCUUUUUUUGCUUCUCCUUUUUCUUUCUUUUUCUUUCUUCUUUCUUUUCUUUUUUUCUUCUUUGUUUUCUUCUCUUUUCUUUUCCAUUUUAUUAUUCUUUCUUUUUCUUUUCUUCUUUGUUUUUCUUCUCUUUUCUUUUCCAUUUUAUUAUUCUUUCUUUUUCUUUUCUUCUUUCUUUUUCUUCUCUUUUCUUUUCCAUUUUAUUAUUCUUUCUUUUUCUUUUCUUCUUUCUUUUUCUUCUCUAUUAUUCUCGUUUUUUCUUUUCUAUUUCUUUUCUUCUUUCUUUUUCUUCUUUUUGCUUCUCCUUUUUUCUUUUCUUUUUCUUUUCUUCUUUGUUUUUCUUUUUCUUUUCUUCUUUGUUUUUCUUCUCUUUUCUUUUCCAUUUUAUUAUUCUUUCUUUUUCUUUUCUUCUUUGUUUUUCUUCUCUAUUCUUCUCCUUUUUUCUUUUCUAUUUCUUUCUUCUUUCUUUUCUUCUUUUUUUGCUUCUCCUUUUUUCUUUUCUUUUUCUUUUCUUUUUUUUUCUUUUCUUUUCUUCUUUGUUUUUCUUCUCUUUUUCUUUUCCAUUUUAUUAUUCUUUUUCUUUUCUUUUUCUUCUUUGUUUUCUUCUCUUUUCUUUUUCCAUUUUAUUAUUCUUUCUUUUUCUUUUCUUCUUUGUUUUUCUUCUCUUUUCUUUUCCAUUUUAUUAUUCUUUCUUUUUCUUUUCUUCUUUGUUUUUCUUCUCUUUUCUUUUCCAUUUUAUUAUUCUUUCUUUUUCUUUUCUUCUUUGUUUUUCUUCUCUUUUCUUUUCCAUUUUAUUAUUCUUUCUUUUUCUUUUCUUCUUUGUUUUUCUUUUCUUCUUUGUUUUUCUUCUCUUUUCUUUUCCAUUUUAUUAUUCUUUCUUUUUCUUUUCUUCUUUGUUUUUCUUCUCUUUUCUUCUCCUUUUUUCUUUUCUAUUUCUUUUCUUCUUUCUUUUUCUUCUUUUUGCCUCUUUUUUUUUCUUUUCUUUUUCUUUUCUUCUUUCUUUUUCUUCUUUUUGCUUCUCCUUUUUUUCUUUUCUUUUUCUUUUCUUCUUUCUUUUUCUUCUCUUUUCUUCUCCUUUUUUCUUUUCUUUUUCUUUUCUUCUUUGUUUUUCUUUUCUUCUUUGUUUUUCUUCUUUUUCUUUUCCAUUUUAUUCUUCUUUCCUUUUUCUUUCCUUCUUUGUUUUUCUUCUCUAUUCUUCUCCUUUUUUCUUUUCUUUUUCUUUUCUUCCUCUGUUUUCUUCUUCCUUAUUUUUCCUUCUCUUUUAUUCUUUUCUUCUUGUCCUAUCUUUUCUCUUAUCCUUCCAUUUUUCUUUUAUUCAUCGCUUUUUCUUCUUUUUCCUUUUCUUCUCGAUUUCAUUUUCUUCUUCUCUUUUCUUUCUAUUUCAUUCUUCUUCCUUUUUUCUUUUCUUCUUUUUUCCCUUUCUUCUUUUUCUUUCUCUUUCAUUCUUCCCUUUUUCUUUUCUUUUUCUUUUUUGCACUUUUAUAUUUCUCUUUUUCAUUUCUUCUUCUUUCGUCAUUCUCUUUUAUUCCCCCUUUUUUUUCUUCUCCUUUCUUUCUCUUUUAUUUUUUCCUAUUUUUCCUUUUCUUCUUCUCUUUUUUAUUUUUUCCUUUUUUUUUCCUUUUCUUCUUCACUUUUUCCUUCUCCUCAUUCGUCUCCUGUCUGCUCUGAUCUCUGUGCGUAUGAUGUCUUUUCGAAGUCGGCUAUAGUCAAGACUCGCAUAAAUCAAUUCGCCCGUUCAGCGUGGCCCACGUGUUCCAGUGUUUGA